AUGGCCGUUGGAGAAGAAGGAUCAAGUUCUGCAGCACCAGUCGUUCCGGAGGAUCCGGAUAAAGCCAAAUACCCCAUCCCAAGUUGGGCCGGUAAAUCGCCGGCUGGUUACCAUCUGGAUGUACUGAAAAAUGAUGCGCUUGUACAGAAGAUAUUUAUCGACGAGCGGAAAAGCUACUACUUCGGCCGAAACCCGAACCAGGCCGAUAUUAUUGUCGAGCACGCCUCAUGCUCCCGGGUGCACGCUGUACUCCUAUACCAUACUGGGUUAAAGCGAUUCGCCCUGGUCGACAUGGGGAGCAGCCAUGGAUCGUUCUACGGCAAAAUUAAACUCGAGCCAUUGAAACCCUAUUUUCUCGAGCCGGAGACAGAAUUUCAUUUCGGCGCUUCGUCGAGAAAGUUCAUUGUACGAGAAAAGAUUGUCACUCACAGCGGUGCCAACCGAGAUGACGAUGAGCUCAGGAGCACCCAACCUAGUGAUAUUCAGCUGGAGCAAGUCACCGAAUACAACACGGCGCAAAACCGUCGUGCCCAAAUAAUUCCACAAUCCGCUGAAGAAGCGAGGAGAAAGAAACGGCCGCGCGGAAAUGUGGCAUUUAUUGAAGAGGAGGAUGUGAUCAAUCCAGAAGAUGUGGACCCGACAAUUGGACGUUUCCGAAAUCUUGUGACGACGGCUGUAAUUAGCGGGGCGGGAAACAAGCGGCAACUAUCCGGCCAAGGAAGAGACGGUCCCACACGGAAGAUUGUCCGCCCCAUCAAAGAAGAUGCACGUUAUGCAGCGCCUAUGUCGACGACGCUGAACAUUACGUUAAACUCAGCCCCCGAUCUCGACCUAUAUGGAAAUCUUCCGAAGCCUGGUACACAUGCGCUUGGACCACUGGCCCCAGUCCACCAUGUCCUCGAAGAAGACCCCGAGGCAUCCCACAAAAAGAAAUACGCCAAGGAAAGUUGGCCGGGCCGGAAACCGCAAGGCGCAUAU